CAAUAUCAAAUCAACAAUAGUAUAGUUUAUACUUUAUACGAAUACCCUCUCUUUAAUUUCUAAUAUGGAAGAGUUAACUACUGAUAUUCAGAAAGUGCUUAAACCUGCAGCUGUUUUCUCACAGCUGAACUCGGAACUAUUUAACACUUUCCCUGGAUUGAAUCAGUCUUUGAGUUGUCAUGUUCAAGAUUAUCUAUCUAUUAACAACAUUUUAAACAAUGUAAUAAACACGAAUCAGCCCAACGAGCAGCUCCCUUUCCAUCUCCCAGAGAGUAUUUCCAAUCACCACAACAAACUUUUCUGCACGAAUGAUGAGACUCCUGCCACAGCUUCACAAUCACCUACAGGUUUUGUAUGUGGAGGUGGUAACAAGAGCAUUGUCAAAAACAAAAGUGCAGCAGGGAAAAAAAGAAAGAGGAAAGCCGGCGAAGAUAAGGAGGAUGUGGAGAAGCCGAAAGAAGUAAUUCAUGUAAGAGCUAAAAGAGGCCAAGCUACUGACAGUCACAGUCUAGCAGAAAGGGUUAGAAGGGAGAGAAUAAAUGACAAGUUGAAACUGUUACAAGAUUUGGUUCCAGGGUGCUACAAGACAAUGGGAAUGGCUGUUAUGUUAGAUGUAAUUAUCAACUACGUACAAUCUUUACAGAAUCAAAUUGAGUUCCUUUCCAUGAAGCUAUCAGCAGCAAGUAUGUUCUAUGAUUUCAACUCCCCUGAGGCGGAGGCGAUUGAGAAUCUGCAGAGAUUAACAACAACAAACCUCAAUUGUUGUGACACUCAGGAGAUAGAGAGAGCGGCUAGAGAAGGGCAAGGAGGGAUGCUUCCUCGUUCAUGGCCCUUCUGACUACUGCUACCUUCUUUAUAAGUAUGUAUGUAUCUUUAUAGAAUAUAUAUAGUCCACCAAAUACAGUCUCAUUCAACUACAAAAAGGAUCGAGUCUGAUAAAAUACUACAAUUUGUUAGUUUUGAUGCUUUAAAUAUUACUAUCGUACAAUUAGUUUAAGUCAUUGUUGAUGUAUUUCUAUUGGUUACUUAUGGAUAAUAUCUAUUUUGUAUCCUCGUAAACUUAGAAAGGCAUUACUCCUCUCUUUAUCUUAUUGUACUACAAUCAUUUUUAGUCAA